UCCUUUUGCAUCUUCUGGUUCCUCUGCUUUUGCAUCCACAUCAUCCUCACCCCUUUAUCUCACUGUGGCCACACUCAUAGAGAAGAUUGUUGGUCCACUCUCCUCGGGUUCGCUCAAGCUGGCUUCGACAGAUGUGAGGGUGAAUCCCACUGUUCGAUUCAAUUACUUCAGCAAUCCGGUGGAUGUGGAAAGGUGCGUGAAUGGGACUCGAAAGAUUGGGGAUAUUCUGAGAAGCCGGUCCAUGGAGGAUUUCAAGUUCCACGAAUGGUAUGGAGGACGAAAUUUCAGGUUUGUUGGGCCUCCAUUACCUGCAGCUCAAUCAGAUAAUGCGCAGAUGGCAGAUUUCUGUCGCCGGACUGUAAACACUAUAUGGCAUUAUCAUGGAGGUUGUGUUGUAGGGAAAGUAGUUGAUCCAGAUUACCGUGUUAUUGGUCUUGAUGCACUCCGUAUUGUUGAUGGAUCAACGUUUAGUGUCUCUCCCGGAACCAAUCCUCAGGCAACUGUGAUGAUGCUUGGGAGGUAUGCAGGUAUGAAGAUUCUUAGAGAAAGGAUGAGUACAUGAAGGUUACUUGUCUUUAUUCUUGUGUCUAGUUACACUUGUGAAUUUCCCUCUGUAGCUAUUCAUCUUAUAGCUUGUUCUUUCAUUCAUUGACAUGAAUAACAUGUAUGAUAGCAAAUGUGUUGUUAAAAGAUACCAAGAUAAACUGUUUGACACCUCUAACAUUGAAGUAGAAAUUUUGUACAUUUUGUUUUUGAGAUGUUGAUUAGAUUUUUACUAGUCUAUUAGAGAUAAUUAUAUUCUCAAAUUAUACAAGAACUAAGAAAAUAUACCAAAUGGUUUGAGAAAAUUAUCAAAAUAUGUUAGUCAUCACUAGAUAUACUUCAGUUUACUCCAACCAAUAUUUGGAAUAAAGAAUAAAGAAAAGUAUAGAAUCUUCAUGUACUCAUUCUUUCUCCAAGAAUCUUCAGACAAUUUGGGGGAGCAUUUGCAAUUAACAUUUUCAUUUUCAGUGGAGCUAUGAGCAGCAGUAGGCUGCUUCUUGGUAUGUAAGAUACUAGUGAUUUAUCAAGCUAAAGAAAUUGCAUAGACUAAAAGAAACUACUUCCUGUGACACUAAUAUCCUACACAUAGACUAAAAAAAAAAUUACUGCAUUAAAUUUAAGGUAAAUAACGAAGUAAAGCCACA